AUGAGCGCAGCUGCCAAUAUCACCGAUGACCUGUGCAGGAUAUGUGACGGCAGGAUAGAGUGCGCGCCGACCGCGAUACUCCUCAUCUCGCUGGUGCACACCCUCUACGGCUACAUCGGGCCGGAGCCGGACUACUUCGGGAAGAACGAGCCGCCUGGCGCGAGGAAAGGGGCCGAGAGGACAGACGCCAGGUUGAGACCCUCGCCCAAGUACAAGUUGUCCGACGACGGGCUUCAGAGGAACGAGGAUGAGUUGACGAACGUCAAGGAAGUCGAGUACGACUUCGUGGUGGUCGGCGGCGGGACGGCCGGCUGUGUGGUGGCAAGUAGACUGUCCGAGAACAGGAAAUGGAGGGUUUUGCUGGUUGAAGCUGGCCCAGAGGAGCCGAAGAUGGCCCUCAUUCCGGGGCUUACCAGCGAGUUUAAAGGCUCCACAGUGGAUUGGCAGUACACCAUGAGGCCGAAAAAAGGAUUCUGUCAAAACCGCCACAACUCGGGCUGCGAGGUGGUCCAGGGGAGGUUGCUCGGAGGCACGUCCUCCAUCAACGACAUGGCGUACAUGAGGGGCAGCCCCGCCGACUACGACGAGUGGAUGCUGAACGGGAACGAAGGCUGGAGCUUCAACCAACUGCUGCCGUACUUCAAGUACUCCGAGGGGAAUUACGACAAGGACAUUGCAAAGAACAAGUACUUCCACUCCACGCAUGGUCCGUUAGACGUGGGGCGGUAUCCGUACGUGGAUGAUAACGUGGACGUGCUGCUGAGCGCGUUCAACGAGCUCGGAUACAACUACACGGACAUAAACGGCCGCAACCAAUUGGGUUUCAUGCGGAUACAGACGAUGUCGUAUUUCGGUGAGCGGGUUAGUGCAUACACGGCGUUCAUAGACCCGAUACGGAAGCUGAGGUCUAACAUUGUUAUUGAGAGCGAGGCCCUGGUUACGAACAUUCUGUUGAAGGACUCCCACGGGUCCGUUCGCGCUUUGGGUGUGGAUUACGUUAAGAACGGUACAAGAAUAAGAGCGAAAGCGAAGAAAGAGGUAAUUUUAUGCGCCGGCGCUCUGAACUCGCCGAAAUUGUUGAUGCAGUCCGGCGUUGGACCUAAAGACUAUUUGGAGUAUUUGAACAUUAAAGUGUACAAUGAUUUGCCCGUGGGGGGUAAUUUUCAUGAUCAUUUGUCCGUAUGUCUGCCUGUUAUAAAGCUUAGCAAAACAGCGACGACCUCUAAGUUUUCUGCGAAGCUCAAGGAUAUAUCAUCUUACUAUGCUAAAGGCACUGGCCCUCUAUCUGCAAAUUUUCAAGUUGUAGCAUUCAUGGAAACAACACUGUCGGAUAUCCUCGGCACGCCAGACAUAGAGGUGAGGUUUCGCGGUCAUGACUCUAACAUGUAUUACGACAAGAUUGAUAUAUGUGUUUCGCUAUUAACACCGAAGAGCCGAGGCCAAAUAGUUUUGAAUGCGACCGAUCCCAUGCUCGGAAAACCUUUGAUCUAUCCGAAUUUUCUAAAGGACCCGACAGAUGAAAAGAAACUAUUAGAAGGCAUACAUGAAGUGGUUAAACUUUUUGACACGGAAGUAUUUAAGAGUGCCGCUUUUGAGUUCGAUCCGUUGCCCAUAUUAAACAACGAGUGCAAAAACUACGAGAAAGUUUCGGAGGACUUUUGGGCUUGUAUAAUAAAACAUUUUUCAAGUCCGUUACAUAAUUAUGUGGGCACUUGUAAAAUGGGACCAGCAAAAGAUUCUGAAUCCGUAGUGGACCCCUAUUUAAGAGUAUAUGGAGUUACAAACUUAAGGGUUGUUGACGCUUCUGUUAUACCUAAGAUAACCCGUGGUUCCACUGCAGCCCCUGUUAUAAUGAUAGCUGAAAAGGCAAGCGACUUAAUAAAAACAACUUGGUAU